UCCAAUGCGUGUACCCCGGACUAACUGGGUUGUGAGGGGGAUUGUGGGCUCAGGUUGAGAGCGCGCUUUAGCUGCUCGUGCCUCAAGAGGAUAUUUGCAAAGAUGCGUUAGCGAAAGAACUGCCACAUAUUUCAAUGUCGUUAUUAUUUCCUCCUCUAUUUUUCUCCACUAAUGUUAACUUUGUAUCGAAACGAAUGAUGACAUGGACUUUGCAUGACGAGGAUGGCAUUUAAUAUCGGAUGUCAACAGCAUUUUACGCACCGGUUAAACACCGCGGAAGGGACGCACUUGCUGCUGCCACUUUUUGACCAAUGUCAAUUUAGCAUUGCUUAUUUGUUGGAAAACUGUAUGUCAUUGUGAUACGGCGUUUAGUUGCAUGCAAUAGCAUUUAUACAAUCGUUGUCAGUAUUUGUUUGCAGGCGUAAUUAUUUGAACCGCCUGACAAACAUCAACGUCAUUGAUGUAGGACAAGAGGACUGAUUCAUCGAUGCAUUGCUUGAUCCAUUCUUGAAAACAGAGUUCCUUCUGGACAAGACCUGGGGAUGAGUAGAUGGGUUAUUAGACAACCAUUACCGGGUUUAUGUAGGUCGGCUCGGUCUUCACUUAACAUUGAAUAAUUCGGCUAUACCGCAGUAAAGCCUCAACCAUGUAUGCUGGACGGAAAAGAAGAAAACCGGUGCACAGAGACAUCGAAGUGAAAGACCAAAAACAGAAACAGACAGCUCCAUCUGAAGGGACCAAGUCUAACCCAUCAAAGCGACACCGGGACCGUCUGAACUCUGAGUUGGACCGUCUGGCCAGUCUACUGCCCUUCCCAGAAGAGGUCACGUCCAGCUUGGAUAAACUCUCUAUCUUACGGCUCAGCGUGAGCUACCUGAGGACCAAGAAUUUCUUCUCAGUUGCCCUGAAGACCCACGCUUGCAAGGGGUUGAAGGCCAACGGUGGUAACCAUGACAACAGCAAGACAACAGGAUUGGUGGAUGGCUGGAUGCCCGAGGGUGAACUCCUUUUGCAGGCCCUUAAUGGUUUUGUCCUGGUCAUCACUGCAGAGGGGAUCAUAUUCUACUCCUCUCACACCAUUCAGGAUUACCUGGGAUUCCACCAAACGGACGUGAUGCACCAGAGUGUGUUUGAUCUGAUCCACACUGAGGACCAGCAGGAGUUUAGGAGGAACCUGCACUGGGCACUCAACCCCCCGGCCGUGCCCAAGCAGGUGGAGUCACCCCCAGAUGGAAAACCAGUCCCCAGCUCGUCCCUGGUGACCUAUAACCCCGACCAGCUGCCUCCAGAGAACUCCUCCUUCCUGGAAAGGAACUUCGUCUGUCGCUUCCGCUGUCUCCUCGACAACUCCUCUGGCUUCCUGGCCCUGACCCUCCAGGGCCGUCUGAAGUUCCUGCAUGGCCAGAACUGCCGGCUGGAUGACGGCUGCAACGUGCCCCCCCAGCUGGCCCUGUUUGCCAUCGCUACCCCCCUCCAGCCUCCAUCCAUCCUGGAGAUCAGGACCAAGAACAUGAUCUUCAGGACCAAACACAAGCUGGACUUCACCCCCAUGGCCUGCGACGCCAAGGGGAAGAUCGUGCUGGGCUACACCGAGGCUGAGCUCCGGGUCCGAGGCUCUGGAUACCAGUUUAUCCAUGCAGCUGAUAUGCUCUACUGUGCUGAGAACCACGUCCGCAUGAUCAAGACAGGAGAGAGCGGGCUGACGGUGUUCAGACUGCUCACUAAGGAUAACCGCUGGAGGUGGGUCCAAGCCAACGCCAGACUGGUCUACAAGAACGGCAAGCCUGACUACAUCAUCGCCACCCAGAGGCCCCUGGUGGAGGAGGAGGGAGGAGAGCACCUGAGGAAGCGUUCCAUGCACCUCCCCUUCACCUUCGCCACGGGCGAGGCCCUUCUCUACCAGAGUAGCUACCCCAUCCACGGCCUCACCGACUCACUCCAGGCUAAAGGCAAGACCAAAUCCAAGAAGGGCAAGCUGGACAAGAACCCGACGAAGGAUAACGGUGGACUGGACCCCAGCUCCCUGCUCGGGGCGCUGAUGAGGCAGGAUGAGUCCGUGUACGUGUGCCAACCAGCCGUCGAGCCCAAGAUGUCCUUCCACAGUAGUCUGUUUAGUGAGCGAGGUGAGGGGGAAGGGCAGAGCAGUGGAUGCUAUAGCGGUGGGGUUGUGGGAGAGAGCUGGAGCUCUGUGCCCAAUGGGGUCACCACCUACACUGGCCCCAACAGAGAGCCUCCGUCCAGCUUCGACCCGCUGCUCGCCACCCUGGACUCACUAUCUCUGGAGGGGGACGAGACAUGCUCUAACAGCGAGCUGUUCUCUGCGCUGGAGAACCUGGGUCUGAACGCAGAGGAUCUGGAGCUACUGCUGCUGGAUGAGAGGAUGAUCAGAGUGGAGAUGGAUCCGGACUACAUCCCCUCGCUCAACGACCUGCUCACCAACAACGAGAUCCUGUCCUACAUCCACGACUCGCUGGAGAACAAGACCGAGGAGGGCCUGGGUGGGGACAGUCACCUGUCCAUACCACAAGCCUCAACCACAACCCAUCCCCCAGGCCCUAUCCUUAAUUCUGCCCUUAUCCUUAACCUUCAUACCCAAUCCACCCCGACUAUGCAUAUCUCUACCCUCCACCCCCAGGCUACUAACCCUCCUGCCCCCCAACCCAUAUUACCCCCUCACAGACUACCAAAACAGCCACCCAUAGUGCAGCUCUCCCAGCAGAUGCAGCAGCACCUCAACUUAGUCAAGCCCGUUCUGGCAAAAUACCCCUGGCCCCCGACACAAACGGACGUCCCCACGCCAAGCCAGCCAGACACACUGCAGCACACAAACUCACUAGCCGUGGUCCAUAAUGGUCACUGGCUUCCCCAGCAGCAGCAUAUGCUUGCGGGGCUGGACGACCACUGCCACAGCCUUCUCCCCCUGGUUAACGGUAAGACAUCCCUGCUGGGGCCUCACGGUGCCGGGCAGCUCAAACACCAGAACAACAUCCAUCUUCAGAGUCAGUGGCAGCAGCCGAACCAGCACCUACAGGCCCAGCUUCAGUCUCAGUGCCAUUUCAAACAGCAGAAGGCUAGUAGCAGCAGCAGUGAACCUCUCAACGGGGUGCACCCUGAUCCCGAUUGGCAGAGUCCCGGCUACGACGACCAGUUGGGACCGACAGCUAACAGGGCCUGCACCGUCUCCUACCCCAACGGGCACGCGGACACCCUCUCACACACUACAGAAGGAGAGCGCACUCACACGGAUUACGGUAUGGGUGAUUCGACUGCCAUGGUCAUAAACGGGGUUACGGUAGGGGGCAUAGGUCACUACCAGGGACAAGGAGGGGUGACUGCUAACCUCUCGGACCAUCUGGAGCGUCACAAACAAGAUUAUCCACAGGUCCCAUCCACCUAUUUCCCUCACCAGUACUCCACCACACAGAACUCCUUAGAUGACAUCCUGGGGCUAUCACAGCCUCAACACACCACGCCUACUCUGGACGCCUACGGCAUUUUGAAUAGCCCCGCUUCGCAAGAUGCCACUCACUGCAAGAUGGAGAACGGCUGCAUCCCCAGCGACACCAACGUGGCUUACACAGGGAGCUGUCUACUGCCCAAUGUGAACAGCCAGACAGCCAGCGACAGUCUUCAGCCCGACGCCCUACAGACCCUGCCCACCCUCCCAGACCCACAGACUACUGGCUUCUACCUCUGAGAGGGGGCAGGGGGUGCUGAGGAGGGGGUGUCAGGGCAAAGAGAGACCAUUGGACCAUUUUGUCAGUACAAGAGAGUGGAUUGGAGGGGGGGGGGCAUAAAAAAUAAAGCGAGGAGAAGCAAAAGAAGAAGAAGAAUUAAACUGAACUGUGUUGGUUACGACUUUCUAUGUAACGUUCUCUGCAUUUAAUAUGUGUACGACGGACUCCGUACUCGGUGAAAGAGCUCAGGAUAGUGUCUCUCUGCACUCUCUGACAGUAGUUUCCCAACUGGCACACAGCUCAGGGGGGGGAAUGCAUCUUAUGUUGUUACACAUUUUUUUAGGAGAGAGCAGCGAUUUCUUCACCACUGUGAAUUUCAUUCUUUUUCUUUAUGGGUGUACAAAAUACAGUUUCCGACAAGGAUUAUUAAGACUGUAAAAAGAGAGAUUUUUUUACCACUCAUAGCUACAGUACCGCGCUUCAAUACAGUGUAACUUGUUACAGGAGGGAAAGUGAAUGUGGGUAUGGAAAGGAUGGAGACGGAUUGUUAUGGAGAUUAAUAUUCGUAAUGAAGAAUGAUGAGACAUUGAUUGAUUUGAAGGAGCUGGACGUUUGGAAUUAUUGUGAGGUAGAUUACAAAUGUUCUGUCCUGUGUGUUUUAUGUUUUGUUGUGUCAUCUGCCCACAGAAAUGAAGAGGAAUUGAUUCAGGCCUAUCAUUUUUGUUUUGGUGAUCUGCGUGUUGGUAAAAGAGUAUUUAGGUUGUCCUCGUGCAUGUUAUUGAGAUUGAAUAUGUGAAACGGAUCCCAUAUUAUGGUCAAAUGGUAUCUGAAUAUGAAGAGGGAGAGCAGAUCAGAGGAAGGGAUGACUGUUUUGGUGUUUAUUUUCAUGCUGCAUUUUAGCCUAGAAGAAGUUUACAUUACCAGUAUAAUGUCGUGUAUUUAUUUAAAUGGCACUCAAAUCAACCGAAGCAUUUUCUUAUUUUCUUGACCGGCUACAGUGUGAAAUCACUCAGUAAAUUAAGUUCCGGAAUACAGCAGUACACAGCUUAAAUUCACUAAAUUCAGGAAGUAAACAAACAAAUUCCACAUCCAUCAUUCCUCAUUGAAAAGCUUUGAGGAAAAACUGAAAUUUGGAUUUAAGUUGAUUUCCUGAAUUGAAAUUAAAUUGAGCUCAACAAACUGUAUUCGAUGCCAAGAGGCAGAGGAAUGGGAACGGCGGUUUCUGACGUGACGAGAAAGAUACUUUCAAUGGGCUUCCUCUCUUACAGGGCCCAAAGUGAUUCCAUCAUGGUCAUCUAUCACAGUGGUUCUCAAACCUCUCCUCGGGGACCCCCAGAAGAUUAACAAUUCUGUUGUAGCCCUGAACUAGCUCACCUGAUUCUCCUAGUCAAGGGCUCGAUGAUUCGCUGACAAGUUGAAUCAGCUGGCCUAGCUUUGGAAUAGAUCAAAAGCGUGGGACAGGUGCGGGUCCUCAGGAGAGGUUUGAGAACCGCUGAUGUAUCGCACUGAAAACAUUCCAUGAGGAUUGACUUGGUCAUACUCAUGAGCAUUGAUAGAAAAAAAACAAAUGAGAGGACAAAUGAAGUCUUUUAAAGAGAUUCUAUAUUGAAAAGGUGCAAUGUUGAAUGUGUUGUGUAUAUUGUAAAAGAGUUGUAAAAAUAUCCUAUGACAGUAUUUCGUUGUAAAAAGUUCUGGGAAAUCAUUUUUUAAAUUAAUAUUGGUAGUGUUAGAAUAUCUGCGUACUAAAUGGCACUCUAUUCCCUACAUAGUGCUAUACUUUUAACCAGAGCCUUAUGGGAAUGGGGUGCCAUUUGGGAUGUAGCUUAUUACAUAAAUGUCACAAUCAAACGCGUUUACAGACUUGCCUCUCUAUUUGUUUGUCUUUUUUUGUAAAGAUGUUUCUUAUAUGAAAUAGAUUUAUUUCAAUCAACCAGGAGAUAUAUGUAAAAAAAUAAAAAAGCAAGGUGACAAUCAAUAACAACAAAAACUGCUUAAUAAAAAAAACGUGUGUAAAUAGUUCAAGGUAAUUUUUGACAUUUUGUUGCAAGCUCUACUUUUUAAAAGCACUGCUCCUUUACAAGCAAUUUUUCUCUAGCACAAAAAGUAGGCUUGUAGAAGAUCAUUUUGGACUCAAUAUUAUUUGACUACAGUAGCUACAGUUCUGUGUUUUAUUUCAAAGUCAUGCUUGGAGAACUUUUUGUGACUUAAAAGAAUAUGGUGCCAUAGUGGUGACAUACUGCAGACUCACAUCCCAGAUUUGUAUGUUUUAUUGUUUAAAGAUACAAUUGUGUCAUUGUUCUUUUUUUUAUCACGUUGAAUUUAUUUUGAUAUUCUAACACACUCAAAGUUAUUGUAGAUGUAAUAAAAAAUAAAUUUUUUAAAUGUUAAAAUAUACUAUUUCAUCCUGGAAAUAAAAGAUUUGUGCAAUCACAGUU